AUGACGCCCCCGCCGAGCGGGCAGCUAUGCACUCCAAGCUUCCUCACUAGCACACCACCCCCUAGCGAGCAGUCCGACACCGAUGGCCCGUCCACCGACGAACCUCUGCUAACCGCCUCGACUCCUCAGGAAUCCCUAUUUAUUCCCGCUCCCGCCCUAGCGAGUCCUCCGCUCCUGCCUACCGUGCGCGAGUGGGCAUCAUCUUGCCCGCUUUAUCGCGCCCACCGCGCGAAGAGCGCCGCGCGGGCGAGCCAUUUGUUCGCCGACUGUCCCUCGCCCAAGGCGUAUACGAUACGCAAGGAAUGCCGGCGGAUUUAG